GGAGCGGAGCGCUUUAGGACCAAUUAGCAGCGAGCCGAAGGCGGCGGCGGCUGCUGCCGCUGCCGCUGCAGCCCGGGAGGAAGCGAGGGCAGCUCCUGGGGCUCCCUCCGCAGCAGGCACUGCUCGCUCCAACUGCAAACAGUUUCAGAUGUCCCACCGCUGCUUGACCUCCUGCAAAUAAGGGUUGACCACCAGAGGCACAUCCCACCUCUGAUUUACCUUUCUGCAUCUAAGAUGGUGAAGAAAGGAGUGAGGAAGAGAGCAAAAUAACUACUGGGAAGUCUCAAAUCAGCUCUUUUUUCUGAGGGAGGACUCGAAGGAUUAAAAGGCAGCAACUUCUGAGGCGAUCUGUCCCCUGAGUUAUGGAUGUUGGUGCACUUACUUCAGGCCAGAUCAGAGCUCAGAGGGAUCUAACCAGAAGCAGCAACCACCGGCUCUCCACUUGCCUUUUACCAGGUUUUACCCAUCCAGUAUGUUUCUUUUGAUAAGACAUUUUCCAGCGCCCAGAGUUUCAGUACAAUGUGCAAAUGGAUACUGACAAAUGGUGCCUCAGCCUUUUCCCACCUGCCUUGUUGCUGCUUGCUGCUGCUCUUCUUGGUGUCUUCUGUGCCUGUCACCUGCCAUGACCUCGGCCAGGACAUGCUGUCCCCGGAGGCCACCAACUCUUCUUCUUCAUCAUCCUCCUCCUUCCCCUCGUCCUUCUCCUCUCCUUCCAGUGCGGGGAGACACGUGCGGAGCUACAAUCACCUCCAAGGAGACGUGCGCAAGAGGAAGCUCUACUCUUACAACAAAUACUUUCUCAAGAUCGAGAAGAACGGCAAGGUCAGCGGCACCAAGAAGGAGAACUGCCCCUUCAGCAUAUUGGAGAUAACAUCUGUAGAAAUUGGAGUUGUGGCAGUUAAGUCCAUCAAAAGCAACUAUUACUUAGCUAUGAACAAAAAAGGAAAAGUCUACGGCUCUAAGGAGUUUAAUAGUGAUUGCAAAUUGAAGGAAAGAAUAGAAGAAAAUGGAUACAAUACAUAUGCAUCCUUAAAUUGGAAGCACAAUGGAAGGCAAAUGUUUGUUGCUCUGAAUGGAAGGGGAGCCACAAAGAGGGGACAGAAAACAAGAAGAAAAAACACUUCAGCUCACUUUCUUCCAAUGGUAGUAGUGUCAUAGAUGGAGGAACUAUUCUAUCAGUGCAGUUGAACCAAAGGCUCUUAUGUCAAUAAUAAUCGGUAAUCUUCUUGAAGAAUAAUUGCAAAGAAAUAGUGCAGACAUCUGCUUGUUUGAAAAGAGCAGGGGAAUCCUCUGAAGUUUUUGUACUAAUUACUGGCAAAUGAAAUACUUUUAUUUAAUUCAGUGUUCUAUCUUAAGAGCAAGAUAGAAGCUGAAUCAAAGGGGAUAUAAGUCAUUGCCAGUGUGAACAUUUUUUUUUCUCUCUGCAACAGAACUUAAGGAAUGUGAGACAAUCUAAUGAAUGAUCUUCGUGGGGAAAGUUAUUUAUGGAAUACUAACUCAUAUCAAAGACCUUAAUUGCUCAUUCAAGCCUAUGAACAGUUAGACAUGCAAGCAUUUACUGGAAGCACUUGGGUCAUAUGCACAAAUAAAGAUGCUUCUGGAGAAGCCUUGUGGAAGAAUGGAUAGGAUUAAGAAAUAUAAUCAAAGCAGUAUCAAACUGUUCUAACAAGACGAAUAGUAUGGUUUGCUUGUAUGUUCUAACUUCACUCCUUUUUAUUUUCUUAAAUUUU